GCGAGUUGGCGGUUAGGCCCCGCCCUUCCGGCCGUCGCCAUGGCAGCGGGCAGGGGGAAGGCCGCGGCGUCGCGGAGGCCGUGGUGAGAGGUGGCUUUGGUUUUGCUAAGCCGAAAAAGCUGAAGUGACAAAACCUGGACAAACAACAGAAGAUGUCGUCCUAUUUGGCUCAGGAAGUUCAUCUGGCUAAGAGACACGAGGAGAUACUGUCUCAGAGAUCAGCGCUGCUACAGCAGAUGGAGACUUAUCUAGGAGACAAAAAGACUAAAAAGACGUGGCAAACUCAAGCAGCUGAUGCAGCUCGUAGAAGGAAUGCAGCACUUUUAAAUGACAUAGAAGCAGCAGAAAAAAAGCUGCAAGAAAGAAUGUAUUUACUUCCACAUCCCGAUACUGUUAAGCUAGAAACUCUCUAUUGGGCCUCAGUAAAAGAAUCUCUUCCUAAUUGGGAAGAGUUUCUUUUAGGAAGAGCAGAAUAUCCCAUUGGUUUUAAGAAACAGAAAACUACAAAACAGAACAUAAGCAACCCAGAAGAAGAUUCACAAAAACAAAUACUCUGAUUUUUUUUGUUUUGUAACUCUGGUUUGAGCAGAAAAUAUCAUCCAGGUUAUAGAAUGUAAUAUUAUUAUAUUAAAUGAUAAUGUAAAUCGUUUGAAAUGAAAAUGAACUGUAUUGGAUAAUUUGUUUCCAUUGUCUCAGUGUGUAAACCUUCAGUUUGAAUGGUGGCAUCUGCUUUUGGAGAGCUUAGGCGACAAUUCCUUGCAAUGAGAGAAGCAGUGCUGCUUAGAAGGAGGCUUUUUGGAUCAAAAGUCAACUCACUCACCAAGGUGAUUACUACUUUAGUAUAACAAGAGUCUUAGGUUAUUUGCAAUCCUCUGCUUUUCUGUGCAAGUGUGAUAACUAAAGAUAGAUUCAUACAUAAUCUUUCUGCACUGUAUUCAUUUGUGUUGCAUGCAUCUCUGUGGAUGAAGGAGAAGGGAAGAAUUUGCCAUUAGUGGGAAAGGCAGGCUCUUUGCAUCAGUCUUAGUUCAGCAGCAUUAUCUGUGUAAAAACCAUCAUGAUAGCAGAUGUAGGGAGAACACCUUGAAUUUGCACAGCUUGCUUUCCUUGAUUUUUCUUUUUAUUUACUUAUUUAUUUUGCAUUGCCGCUUUGUUGCUUCUACACUUCUCUCCUUUAACUGCUGCUGCUUUUCCCAGCUUCAUCUUAUCUAACAUGUGAGUAAAGACCAGAAAAUACAAACAAAACCAUAGGAACUUCCUGCUACUCUUAGGCUUAAUGCUAUCUUCCUUAUGGUGGCAUCCUAUAAAUGAGGUCUUUAACUUUAUCAUGAGGAGUUUGAUAAGAACAAGCAGGAAGGACACCUGCAGCAGCUGUCAUACAACCAAGAACAUAGAAGCUGCAGAGAUUAUACAUUUUGUCUCAGCCACUGAACUAUUCUUCCACAUCUUCUUACAGAGUUCAUUGGAAAAGCCUUCUGGAUUUCUAACUUCACAUGCUAUGUGAAGGAUGCUUUUAAAGAAAGGAAGGGAGAACCUGGGCUGGAGUCAAUAUAUUGUUAAAAUCUAAUCUUACAUGCUACAACGUUCUUCAGCUCCUGAUCUGGAACAGGAAUAAAAAAAGGUUGAUUUCUACCAGUGCCUGAGGGUUUGGAAAAAUUGUAAUUACUGAUUUUUGCUGAUCUAUUAAUGAACUGAUCUAUGCAUCUCCACAUUACUUAGAGUUACAAAUUAUUUUCAUGCUAGACGAGGGAAGUACUACUUAUUGAAACCCAGAUAGCCUCUAGUUAUAUUAUUGAUAAAUAUCUGCAUUGGCUCAGACCCGUGGACUGAAGAACACGUGUUCUUUUCAUUAAACUUAGCUCAGAUGUUCACAGGUUGAUUCGCUGUUCGUGGUUCAGUCUGAACGAGAGAAUGGAGUAAUAGCUGGGAACUGUAGGAAGCCUGGGUGAACUUGAAGGACCAACAUCCGUGAGUGCUCCUUCCUGAAAUUAGGCACUUGGUUUUGUCUGGAUUUAAAUUAGCCUAAGUAUCAUUUAAACCCCCCCAAAAAAAAAUAAAAUAAAAAUUCAAACUUCACUUUUAAAAAUGUAUAUUUCCAAUGGGAAUGCCAGGAGUUCAUUGCAAACUUUUUUCUUUUAAAGUGUCCAUUAAACUGAUAAGUUUUUACAGAAACUGCCAUCUUAGAAAUAUCCUGUUGAGUGGGUGUUGGUGUUUGUAACAAUAACGUUGUUUUCAUAAUAUGUGAUGGCAGAUUAGCACGCUUCUCCGCAGUGUUGUUAACAGUUGUAAUUAAGGAAUAAACAGUAAAGGGUGUCAGUCCGAUGACAAUUUCAUCUAUAGUGUCACAAUACAAAAUGUCACAAAAUAUUAGAACUGUUAUAUAACUACAAAAAUAUCAAAUUAGGCUUUCAUCUUACUAGCAGAGAGCUUAAAAAAACCUGGCAGAGAGACCAUUGCAAUUUUAUACCUACUCAGUGUUCUGUCACAAAGACAACUUGGUAAUAUUUUCUUCUGUGCGAUCGCAACGUGGUUCUCAGUCUGAUUUAGUGGGGAUGUGUCCGGAUCUUAGAAUCAUUGAGCUCCGAUUUAAAAAAGCAAAUAAUUGGAAUCAGUUGAACACACAAGAAGGGAAAAGCUAUUACAUGCAGUGCCUCUCUCCCAGAGAAAGGGGUGGGUGAGCUGUUGCUAACAAAGACUAGGACUCAUCCUGGUCUUUGCAUCCAAAGGGAAAUCACUUAAACUAAAAUCUGGGCCCCUAAGUACUUUAUACGUGUGAAUAAUCUGGGUCUUUAUCUCUUUGGACUCCGCCUAAACACUGGGACACAAUGCAGAUGCUCACCAUUUCCUUGCUGCUUUUGAUUUCUCAUGGAAGGAAAGCUGGGUGUGCUGUGAGGGCAGAGCAGCUGGAGAGAAAAGGGUUCUGUGCCGCUGCUUAACUGCUGUAAAAAUAAAGACAAAAACAAUUCCCUUGGUAACAAAUAUAGUCUGAACUGUCAUGUAUUAUUAGAUAGUUCAUUAGAUACUUAGAUUCUGUCUUUCUUAUAUUUUUACCCCUCUUUUAUCGGGCUACGAGGUGAAGAUUAAAAUUUGUGUUAUUUUCAGAGAAGGAAAUUACAUUUGUUUCUGUGCUGUAGCUUCAGGAGCAACGGGACAGCUAGCGGAUGGAAUGGUAUAUAGGAACAGGUCCAGAAAAUUGAUUAAAAUAAAAACAGAGAGGAAACUUGAAUGUGUACAGGCAUCUUCUGUGGCAGACAGGAGCCUUUUUGUUGGCCUAUGGUCUGAAAGGCAAAAAUGCAGUUGCAUAUGAGUGAAACAGCAAAGCAGAAGGUGCAAGGAGGCACAUAGCAGGGCUGCUAGGGUAGAAGCCAAGUGUGUUCUGAUAUGUCACAGUGCAAGCAAGCAGUGGCAGAGCACGAUUUUAUGUUCUCUCUUGUUAUACCUGGCACCCUUUCUAUAUGGCUGAGCUAGAUUGCCACCUGCCUUUGUGUAGAUCCAUGUUUGAGAAAGCACCUCUAUAAUUGCUUAAGUGUAUUUAAAUAAAACCCAAAGCAAACUAUAAACUGAUUUAUACUGCCGUGAUUUAAUACUGGCAUUAAAUGAGGUCUUGAAUGAGUAUUCUUCUCUGUCUCAAGGCUGAUGCUUCAGGAAGAUGAAUUCAGUGUAGUCAUCCCACUGUUUCAUCCCAGGCUUGUUACCUGUUCUAGGGUAAAUGGCUUUUUUUACUCUGAAAAUAACCUGUUUCUCUGCAUUCUUGACUUGGUGCUUGCCCCUUUGUGCUAAAGCAUAUGUAUGUAUAAGCUGCAGUGAUCCUGCUUCUUGCUUCUGCUUUCCUGGUGGGAACACAAGGGAGAGAAAAGCAGUAGAGAAAAUAAAUGGUUUUGCCUGUUUUUAAGUUGAUGAUCAAGAAUCUUAUAAGAAGAAAUAAUUAAUCAGCCUUUUGGGGUUUGUGCCUGGAUGAGUAAGUGCAGGACUAGCUUAGGAGCACAGCCUGCUCACCCAUCUUGUCACCUCUACCCUCACAUUCCCAAGGAUUUUAUUGUCUCAUCCCUUCUGGCAGUGGGGGCAGUAGCAGAAGGUACAUUAGUUUACCUUGGGAUAGGAAGUUUCUUACUCCACAGAGUCCUUCUCAAGCUUAUUGGUUUCAUUUGAGGGUAUAUAUGAGAUAACAGAAGGGCUUGGAGACAUGAUACUUGACGCUGUGCUGUCCUCUCAAGUUACGUUUCUUUGGGGUCAUGUUUUCAUAGAAGUUGGGAGCUGGGCUCUAAGCAGAGCUUAUAGUUCCUCCUCUCUAUUUCAUUCACAUUGUGCAGUCAGGGUUAUAGGUGCUCAUUUUUAGCUUGCUGAUAGGGAAAAAUAAGGGGGAAAAAAUGGAAUGUAGUUUUAGAGGGUUACGUCUGAAAGAAAACAUUACUUACUCCAUAAUGCUAAGUUUCAUAAUAUUUUAAUAGUUGUGUUCAGAUACAACUUGACCUUAAAUAUCACCCCACAUGCAAGCUGUUUUAACAUAUUUGUAAUGCUCAGAUCGUCAUUACUGUAAUAUUCUGUUUGCUGGAGGAUUGUAAUCCAUUGAUACAAUAUGAUACAGUUGAAAUAAAGCUUUUCUCUUGUAUUCACAGA